GGCUCCCUGUCAAAAUUGGGCCUAGUAUUCAAAGCACCCUUUAAAAUUAUGGACAAGUCAAGGCAUCCUCUAACAUUAUGAACAGACCUAAGGCACCCUUUACAAUUAUAGACAGUCCCGAGGCACCCUUUACAAUUAUAGACAGUCCCGAGGCACCCUUUACAAUUAUGGACAGUCCCGAGGCACCCUUUACAAUUAUAGACAGUCCCGAGGCACCCUUUACAAUUAUAGACAGUCCCGAGGCACCCUUUACAAUUAUGGACAGUCCCGAGGCACCCUUUACAAUUAUGGACAGUCCCGAGGCACCCUUUACAAUGAUGGACAGUCCCGAGGCACCCUUUAAAGUUAUGGACAGUCCCGAGGCACCCUUUAAAGUUAUGGACAGUCCCGAGGCACCCUUUAAAGUUAUGGACAGUCCUGAGGCAUCCUUUAAAGUUAUGGACAGUCCUGAGGCAUCCUUUUCAAUUAUGGACAGUCCUGAGGCACCCUUUACAAUAACAGACAGUCCCGAGGCACCCUUUACAAUUACAGACAGUCCCGAGGCACCCUUUACAAUUACAGACAGUCCCGAGGCACCCUUUACAAUUACAGACAGU